AUGUCUGGAGUUGAAAAAUGGAGUGCCUGGUCUAAUCCAGUCUUGCAGAGCUCCAGCUUGCCCCUGGCUCCAAAUCCUGUAAGACUGACAGACAAUCUGACCUGCAUCCUUGCUCUGACUGAAAAGCUGAUUUUGAGCAUCACAUUGCAGAUAGGGUCUGAUGAAGUGAAGGUGCUUCCCAGUAUUCUUUCACAUUUCCAUUUAUUUGAUCUUUUUGGUUUUUGUUGGCGCUGGACCCUCCUUUGCUGGAACCUUACCCCUGCAAGAAACUAUGCUGAGAGGGCUGUAUUCCUUUGCUAUCAACUGACACAAAAUGAGCUGAACUCCUUCCUGUGGACAAUCAAGAGAGAUCCCCCAUCUUAUUUCUUUGGCACCAUCCAUGUCCCAUACACGCGUGUCUGGGAUUUCAUCCCAGAGAACUCCAAGAAAGCCUUCCAGCAGAGCCACAUCGUGUACUUUGAGCUGGAUCUCACCGAUCCCUACACCAUCUCGGCUCUCACCAGCUGCCAACUCCUGCCACAGGGAAAGAACCUCCAAGAUGUGCUGCCCCAUGACAUCUACCGCCGGCUGAAGCGGCACCUGGAGUAUGUCAAGCUCAUGAUGCCAUCCUGGAUGACCCCAGAUCAGCGGGGCAAAGGGCUGUAUGCUGACUACCUCUUCAAUGCCAUUGCUGGCAACUGGGAGCGGAAGAGGCCGGUCUGGGUGAUGCUGAUGGUGAACUCCCUGACAGAGGUAGACAUCAAGUCACGAGGUGUGCCCGUCCUGGAUCUGUUCCUGGCCCAGGAAGCAGAGCGGCUGAGGAAGCAAACGGGCGCUGUGGAGAAAGUAGAAGAGCAGUGCCACCCCCUCAAUGGGCUGAACUUCUCCCAGGUGGUCUUUGCUUUGAAUCAGACUCUCUUGCAGCAGGAGAGCCUCCGAGCAGGCAGUUUCCAGAUCCCCUAUACGACAGAAGACCUUAUCAAGCAUUACAACUGUGGGGACCUCACCUCCAUCAUCUUCAACCAUGACACUUCUCAAGUCCCAAAUUUCAUUAAUGCUACACUUCCAGCCCAUGAACGCAUUACUGCCCAAGAAAUAGACAGCUACUUCCGGCAGGAGCUCAUCUACAAACGGAAUGAGCGAAUGGGCAGGAGGGUGAAGGACCUGCUGGAGGAGCACCCAGACAAGAGUUUCUUCUUUGCAUUUGGAGCUGGUCACUUCAUGGGCAACAACACAGUGAUUGAUGUUUUGAGGAGAGAAGGGUACGAGGUAGAACACACUCCAGCUGGACAAGCCAUCAACAACCGAAAAUCUCCCAAAACCUUGUUAGCCUUUUCAUCAUCACACAGUCCCUUUGUCAUGCCCCAUGAGCUCCCACUGCACCCCCAGAAGGAGGAGGAAGAGGAGGAAGAAGAGUUCCUGCCUCGCUUGCUAUUCCCUGACAGCAUUGAUGUACUCAUGAAAGUAGACAGGAAGUACAAAAAGAAGAAGAAAAAGCAGCAGAAGAAGCAAGGACUGCGACAGUUCAACGACCUCUGGGUUCGCAUUGAAGAAAGUGCUACUGAUCCUCCUCCCCGGAUCCGCAUCAUUAAUGGAUACAUCACGGUCGAGCCCCAGCCCCGGGGCCACGGACGGUCCAGUCACACUCCUGCAGACACCAGCAGUGCUCAACAGCUUUCCCAUACUCUCUUCCUUCCACUACUGACUUUGACUUUGCGUAAGAUGAUGAUUCAUUGAAAUGCAGGAGGACCCAAGCUGCAAGACUCUUGCCUUAAAAAUAAUGAAAAAGAAAGAACUUAUUAAAAAAAAAAAGAAAUGGAAGACUAUGCGUGGGACACCUAUUCUUUGGGGUGUUCUUAAACUGCCUCCUUUUCCUGAGUCCGGAUCAUUAAUUCUGUUGAUGGGUUUGACCUGCCCAGUACAGGUGAAAGUAUUUUAAUGAAAGUGUUAUUUAUCCUUCUCUUGCAGAAGAAUGAUUUCUUGUUAUCCCAUAAUACUUUGGGGAGAUUAUAAUGCCGCUGUAACAUAGCUGUUGUUUAGCUGUUUGAGCCCAACUGAAGUGCAUAAUUUUCACCUUCAGUGCCUUGUGAAAAUAUUUACACACCACUGACUUAUUUAUUAGAACAGAAUAUUUUGAUCAUAUAAGCACAGCUAGGAAGGAGAGUAUUUUAUGUCUCUACUGGUAAUGCUUGUAAUUUUUGCUUUUUAGGGCUCCAGAUUACAUAUAAAGGUUCACAUCAACACCUACAACAGAAUAAAACAGUGAAGACUUGUGAAAAGGAUGUUUCUGUUGUUGAUUUGGUGCUAUUUAAGAUGGGCCCUCCUGAACCUCUAGUGGCCAGGCAAGUCUCUAAAGUGCAAAUUAAUGUACAUUUAAGAAGAAACCAAUUCCAUGGGAACUUCACAAAUCAUAAUGUUGGAGUCUUCCAAAAUCAGUUCUCAAGAGGUGAUUUGCACGGUUAAGACUUAAUUCUAGAAAAUCCUUUCAAGUUUUCUACUGAGUUCAUUGCUCAGACUUUCCAAAUUUUUUUAAGGCCUUUGCUAUCUGUGUGAAGUAGAUGUGUUGUUGACUGUCAAAUGUAAAGAAACUUGGAAGUGGUGAUGAAUUUUCUGUGUUUGUACAGGACAUCCUCUUGUGAUCACACUUAAUUCAAUUUGUGAGCAAUAUUUCACCCCCAUCACUUAGCAGGGUUUCAUUGCUUGGGAAGAUAAUCUUAAAUUUCACCCACUGGGUGAAAUUGGGUGAACUUCGAGCCAAUGUGUUGACUAGCGACUUGCAAAUACAGUAGUCACCUUCUCCAGUGAGACAACAAACCUUCAGGUUUCCUUUCCCAUGCCUUUACAUAUACUUCACUGCUUUUUCCAUUGCCUGUAAACAGUUCUUUUUCAUAGCUUCCCUAUAGCCCGUUAGGGGAGGAACAAAAAUGGUUCCAGCUUUCUUAACAGGCUUUUCAUCUCUUGAUCUCAAAUUUCUGUCCACCUUUCAGAAGGGCUGAACCUGAACACAGCCUCAGUUUGCUGAGGAAAACAGAGAAAGGAGAGGCUAAGUGUCACAGUUAGCAGGAGCAUUGUGGGGAAAUAAAUGUAUCUGUUCUAGAGUAGAAGACAGCACAAUCUCAUUGUAUAUUCUUACACAUAAUACUGCAAGACUUUGAGUACCUGAAUGCAUUCUGGCUUCCUUGGCUUUCACAGGCUGAUUAUGUUUUCUCCCCUGUCUCUCUCUCUCUCUCUCUCUCUCUCUCUCUCUCUCUCUCUCUCUCUCUCUCUCUGAUUGAUCUUUCACUGGUCACAGACCUGGCAGGGCUGGAGCUUUUUUUCUUGACCUGAAUGUGACCUGAAGGGAGCAGAUUCUGUGAGUUGUAGGUUACUUACAAAAAUGCACUGCAGGCCUGACAAACUGGGCAGAUAGGAUGAUAGAAUGUUAUGGUUUGGUUUGGUUCAGUUUGGUUUGGAAGAGACCUUGGAAGAGACCUUAACAGUUCAUCUCAUUCCAACCCCAUUGCUGUACAUCGGGACACCUUCCGCUGGACCAGGUUGCUUAAAGCUCCUCCUUGAACUCUUCCAGAGAUGGGUCAUCUACAGCUUCUCUGAGCAGCCUGUUCUGGUGCCUCAUCAUCCUGACAAUCCGUAUUUGCCUGUUUACCAGCACGUCUGGCCAACACAAAUGUCACACCGGAGUGUGUACUGCAUUUGCUAGUCUAUGCUAAUCUUGGUAUUGCUUCUCUUCCCGCUGUCCUCUGUCCUGAAGAACUGCAUGAUGGAAGUGUGGCACAGGUCCAAAGAGCACUGCAAGCACUGGGAGAAAGUGGUUGAAGCAGAAUUUUCAUUUCUUUUCUCCAUUACAAAGCUGCUGUGAAAAACAGUGCCAGGCUGCCUUUUCUCUUUGUUUUCUCCUCCGUGGUGGCUCCUGAGCUUCAUCUCUGUGGGGGUAACUGGGUUUAAUGAAACAACCAUCAAUGUUUUUCUUAGGUUGGCAUGAGGAAAGAGUGGUUAUAAAAUGCUCUGAAAUAGCAGAGACUUGAAGUAGCACUGUGGAUAAUUCAGUUCUGGUGGUGAAAUUCAUUUUGUAGCCUGUUUCCAAGUACCUGACUGUCAGAGAAAUAGAAAUGUACUUAAACUGUGAUGGAUUGUGUGCCUACAGAGGCUGCAUCCUGAGAGCCUUUCUGCAAAGUAACCGAAUAAAGAUGUUUUUGAGGGUCUCAUGGGCUUGGGUUGAUACUUGUGAACUAACCUAAUGGUUCCAAUCCCUCACUUUUCCUUCCAGAUCAGUCACUGCUGAUUGUCCCCUCUGCUCCCCCAACCCAGUAGCAGCUGGGUAGUACCAGCAAGAGGUCAGAGGACCAGCUUUCUACACGUGGACACUCAGGAGGAACUGCUUCUGGAGUCCCAAGAAAAAUGGAGCAGAGCUACUGCCUUUUUUACUCAAAGAUAGCUCUGAGAUGAAAGUGUUGGCUGACGUUUUCAGCUCUCUGCUAGAGGGCGUUUGGAACCAUAGCUCCUCCUGGUGGCCUCUUAACCCCCUCUGAAAAGUUGGCUAGGGAGUCAUGCUCUCUGUGGAGGUGGCCUUUUUAAAGAAAAGGUAGAAAUCAGAUACUUUGAUUAUGUUCAGAUUAGCAGUAGAGAAAAAUAAGAUGCCCUCUUUUCAAGUCGCAUUGCAGUAGAUAUGCAGCUGCACGCAGUCCCACAUUAUAUUAUUGUGAUUUUCCACCAGGCUUUUCAGGUCAUCACAAGAAAUACAUUUCGUAUGUCUGAUUUUAAUAUAGUGGAAUAAGUGUAAAUGCACUUGGCCCUUCCCAGAGCUUGGUAGCAGGCAAGGCUCUUCUCUGAUACCUUCCAAUGGUGGGUUUGGACCUCAGUUGUGUGUGGAAAGCACGAGAAGUUUUGUGCUGGACUUUUGCAACAAGAUUAUUUGCCAAUAUAGCUUCAAGGAUAUAAACUCACACCUAAGUAGAGAAGUGGAAAAAGGUCAUCGAAAAUACUGGAGCAGAAAUGCUACAAGCAACAAGAAUCUUGAAUAUCAGUUUCCUGCCCUGGAAUGGAAGGCAAAAAACGUGUAACACAAGUACAGCAGCCCUCUGUCUGUCUUCGGGAUUUAAUGUUUCCAAGCACUUUGCUGCUGUGCAAACACCCCAGCCGUGCUGGGAACUUCAUCACUACGCAGGCAUCCCAUACCCCCGCUCCUGUGGGAUGUGCAUGGAUACAGCCUGCUUUCCCCACAGCAUGAGUGCCAGCUUCUUAAAUGACAGUGCUACUUGAGUUUUUUGCAGUGUUAGCUUGCACUGCUACCUGUGGAAGUAGAAUAUAGUAAUCAAAAUACUGCUUGGCAGAGGAACUUAUUCUCUAGAAGGUGGCUUGGGAGCAGUGUCACUGGUGAAGUUCGUUCGCAUUAACAGCAAUACAAGAAAAUGCAGAGUCUUUGCAGCAGAAAUCACCAAACAUUGCCUAAGAUGCAUUCAUGUCUUGCCAAAGGAUCAUGGGCUGGCAGAAGAGCCUCUUCAAGUUUGCUCAAGAUUUUUCAAGCUUGAUACUUAAACUACCUGGAUGCAUGGAAACUUACACACACUAAAAGUACUAUACUCAGCAGAAUUCACUGCAUUGUUUAUUUAUUUAGUGUGGGUACACUUGUCUAUUACCUGCUUGGGAGGUAAAUCUGUAGUGUUAGAGUUGUUUUCCAUGGUAAGACUCAAAUUUGAGGAAAAUCAGUUGUGUUUCAGAAUUCUGAAAACACCUUUUUUUCUUUUUUUUUUUUUUUUGAGCCCAAGAGCUGAAUAGCUAUAAAGGAAAUUAGGCAAGUAGAACAGUUUGCAGAAGAGCUGGCAAAUACUGUAUCAACAGUUCAUCACCUACUCAACAGGAAUGGAAACUGAUGAUCCAUGAAGUGUUUAGGUGUACCACUGUGAAUGAAUACACCAUAAAUUGCCCAGGAAUUAUGAUGUAAAUGAUGAAGUACAGUACAGAGAUUGGUUUACAGACUGAAAAUUGACAAAAAGCCCUUUCCAAAAUUUCAAUGGCAGUUGCUAAAAAGAAGUUGAAUAUUCCUCAAAAUACCCAGCGCUUUAUUCUAAACAGAAUUUAUCUGUUUAGUCUAGUCUGUUUUCUCUAGUAAUGUGUUCAAGCUUUACAUGGAGUUUCUUGCACCUGAAUUUCAUUAAAAUUUGUUUUUCAAUCAAA